UUGGUCCGGGCAGGGUCGCGCGUUCAUAUUUGAUCGAAAUUGUUUUUUUUAUUGACGCUACCGCGCUUCAUGUGUAUACUCUCUGGAACAGUAUUUUCAAAUGACACAUUUGACGGAGCGGUGACUGGCGGUGACAAUGUAAACAGUGAAUUUAAAGUUUCGUAAAGUCCGGAGCACUUUUUCUUUACCGAGAGGAUCAAUUGUAAGACAUAUCGGCGAUGGAUCGACGCAGAAGGGAAACAAACGGCAGGGUGAAGAGAUUCGACCCGUGUUUGUAGUUCUGACAGUUAUUUUGAGGUGUAUUAUUGAGACAAUAAAGUAAAAUGCCGACUACUCCGAAAAAUAAAGGCGAGCUCUUUCUGGCUUCCUCUCUCUGCGAUGGCUUGGAAGAUAAUAAUAUAAAGCAAAUAACGACACUGCUUUUAAAUAAAGAAGCUGAUCCAAAUGUUUUGAUACCGAUGCAAGGUAUAACUCCGUUCCAUCUAGUAAUUGGAAAUGAUUCUAAAAUUUUUGCGGAGGAAGUUACAAAGCUUUUCCUACAAUAUGGUGGUGAUCCUAACGUUAGAUCAACCGAUGGAAUGACCCCAGUUCAUGUAGCUGCCGCUUGGGGUCGUGUUGGUAUUUUGGAGCUUUUAUUGGCUAACGGAGGGGAUCCAUUUUAUUUAGAUGACGAUGGUCGCAGUCCGUUUCAUUAUGCGUUUGAUGGCGGAUUUUAUGAUGUAAUUUCAGUUCUUGGAAAAUAUUGCGGAGAAAAUGCUGAGAACGAUGAUGUGCCUAAAUAUAAAAUUGCGCUUGAUAAAGUACUUAUUAAUAAUGGAGAGGUGGUAGCUGAGUAUGUUGUGUCCGACAGUUCUGAAACAUCAACGGAUGAUUCAUAUUCUAUGUAUGUUUCUGCUCGUGAUUCAAGAAGUCGUGAUAAAAUAGACAAUGCGCCUGCACAGAAAAAUGAACUACAAAAUAGUUGUAUAAGCAAGAAUGAAGAAACAAUUUCUACUACGGCAGACGAAUCUUGUGGAACCGACGAUUUCAUAACAGUUCGACGUCAGUUUCUUCCUGCAAGUGUAAUAAAGAAAAAGUCUAGUGCAACUACUAAAAAGAAGCCUUUGCAAAAGUGCACUAAUGUAGAAAAAUCGUGUAGAACUAAAAACGCGUCUUUGGCAACAGACAGUGAGUUAUUAAAUAAGACUUCUUUUCUGUCAACGGACACUGAUGAAGAAUGUAUGCUAAGAAACAGUUCAAGAAAAGUGAUAAAUAAUAUAUUAAAAUCUGAAAAGUUAUUGGCACGUCAACAACGUAUAAGACACGUUCUCCCUUCAAAAACCAUUACAAAAGAGAAGACAGGAACUACCUGUAAAACUCCAAUAAACUCGGCAACAAAGUCAGUAUCUACUCAGAAGGCACAUUCCACAAAAAUAACUUCAAAAGCUGAUUUGAAAACUACUCCAAAAUACAAGGAAUAUGGAACUCCUAAACGGUGCACUCCAAAAUCAUUAUUUGCACCGGAUUGUUCCAUUAUAAGUAAAUCACCAAAUUUAAUAAUACCAGCAUUUACGGAAAGGGAGAAAGCUGCAAAGAAGCCAUUGCCCUUUGAAAAUCCAUUGACACAUAGCUUUGCUGGACAACGCUCUGCAGUUAAAACUCCUAUAACCUUAAAUGAACUUUAUCGAACAAUAUCAAAGUCAACACCUAGAAGAAAUCGAUGUAAUCAUUUUCCAAAAGAAGGGCAGUUUAAACCUUUUAAUAAUGAUUCUAACACACCAGUUCAUUUUCCAUUUCAAAAGCAGGGAAUACCGCAAACUGCUUCUCCUACAUGUCGCAACAAGAUUGUUCCUACCGAUUGUUUUGGGAUGGUUCCAUUUGUACCAGAAAACUUUUGUCCAUCAGUAAAUGGAAGACGUCUGUCAAGAGAUUUAGCUGUCAAGCUAGAUUCGAAAUAUGAUGAUGACACCCCUUCGCAACGAAACAUUAUAAAUCCAGACAGGGUGGAGUCAACAAACAAAUAUCCAAACUUACACUAUGCUAAAGCUGUUUUCUUUAAGGUUCCAUCCUAUAGAUCUAACGAAAUAUCCCUCUGCGAUCUCUUUCGUCACUCAAAAGGCUUUUCAGAAUCUAAAGAAUUUGAGUUAACCUCUAUGGGGGACUGUAAUGUAUUACAGAACCAUAAGGAAUUAAAACAUGUUACAAGUGAAUUAAGUGAAUCGAGUUACAGUGAAUCCACAGCUCCUAAAAGAUACUUAUAUAAUAAGGCAAUGACGAAUGGCUUGAGAAAUUGGAAAAAUAUGUCUACAGGAUUGAAUGAAUUGCUGGAAAGUCAGUCGGAAAAUGCAGAAAUUGCUAACGACUUCGACAAUCUCUCGUUAGGAGCAACAUCCUGUGGCCUUUCCGAGACGGAAGAGCCACUUUCGUUUGGAAAGAAAGAAACGUCUCUUAUCGAUGACUCGAUACUCUUAUCAGAUUACAGUAGUGGGGAUCAAAUGUACUUGAAAAAUAGUGAGUCUAAAGAGGAUGAUAUUUCUUCCAAUCCCCCCAACCAGCUGAACGAGAGAGUCGAUGGAAGUGCACAGUGGGAUUCAGUGCUAAGGUCUUCAUUCGAAUCCAUUGUUAGCAUUGAUGAAGAGUACAGAUACAAAGAUUCAGGAAAGGGUGUCGUUUUGUUGGAGCGCAGGCUUUGUGUCACCCCUACGUGUGUACCCAAAAAUAUGGAGAAUCACAAAAGUCAUGUCAAGAAAAGUAGUACAUCGGACACUGUUGGGCACUCGUUAAACCUGCCUAACGAACUGCAUCUUAUCGACAACCAUACAUUGCGUCAAAAACUGAUACAGUUUGGUGACACACCAGGACCAAUAACAACUUCCACGUACCAAGUUUACCUAAACCGUCUUUUGAAGUUAGAACGCAGUCAACAGAAAUUGAAAAAGACACAGUCUCCAACAGACAGUGCAAUAACUUCUGGGAAUAGAGGCAAUAAAGUAACGUUAGAUUCGCAUCUAAUGGAUACAAGGUGGAUGACGGAUUUGGAGCAAUAUAGAGUAUUGGAAGAAACUGCUUUCCAAGAGUUUGUGAGACCAGACCCGUCACGGAGGUGGCGAGAGGGCACCGGUAAAACAUCGUUCAAUUAUCUCCUGUUGGACUCUCGAGUGACGAUGGAUCUACCUCGUCGGGGUGUCAACCUUUUACAAUCGGAGAAGUGGAAGAUCUUCCUUUCAGCUAUCUUUUAUGUAGGAAAAGGGAAACGUAUUCGACCUUAUUCGCAUCUGUACGAUGCAUUUAACUUCUGGGUUAAAAAAGACAGUCAAGAGAAACCUUGUGAGAAAGUUCAAAAAAUUCUGGAUAUCUGGAACGAUCAACACGGUGUCAUCUCUCUGCAAGUUUUUCAAGGUAUCAUGGCAGUUGAGGCGUUAACUAGAGAAGCAGCGAUGAUAGAUGCCAUUGGCAAAGAGACGCUGUCCAACUGUAAAGGUGGUGAAUAUUACGGGGUGUCUGCAACUUGGGGAUUAUACGAAAAGAGAAAACUUGGCAGGUAUCUUCUUUAUAAAGCGAUGGAGAUUCUCAUGCAUGAGGGAGAACGGCAGUUAUUCCCUGAACACUUGUAGAUGUACGUAAUGCAGAUACCUUAAACGCGUUUUAAGAUACCGUAAAGAUAACUAAAAUAUUUAAUAUCACAAUGACAAGUGUUUUAAACUUAUCGUUUGUUAUGGACUUUUCCUGACAUACUUUAUUGUAAAAGGGAAUAAUUUUGUAAAUAGAUCGACGCUUGUUCUUAACAAGAGGUAACUAUUCCGUGAAAAGAAAAAUAUUUUAUUGGUAUACAAACAAAUGAGUCGUUCUGAUCUUGUAUAAUAGAAAAAAUAGUUGAGAAUGUUCACAAAAGAAUGUGAUAAUUAUUUACACCGUUUUAUCUGGAUGAUUCUAAUGACAAUAUCUAUAACGUAUGUAAUCCAAAGAUAUAUCGUUUAUAGUACCGUAUUUAUUCAUAAGAAAAGAUAAUCGUGGUGCAAGAUGUGAUUUUUUUUAUAUAUUUAGCAUAUGAUUAGCAGCUAUUUUUUUAAUCUGACCGUACUCAAUAUAAAAUAGAUAUAAUUCAUGCAAUAAUUAAAAUAGAGAAACGUGCACGAUUAGAAGAUACACUUAUGUAACUAACGUCUUUCAACCAGGAAAUAAGUAAAAUACACAAUCCUGUCAACUGGUUUA